UCUGCACACUGUGGUUAAACAGAAGCGAACUAGGAAGUGAUGUUUGCUCUUACUUCCUCCCAUUGGUAGGAGAUCAUUGUAACGUGCAGUUCUUUCAUGUAUAUAUUUGUAAAUCUUAUCAUAAUUCACAUUUUUGUCCCAAAAACUGGUUUCUAAAUCGCUGCACUUAUGCUGCCUUGAGAUGAACAUAAUGGUGGACUCGAUGAACAACUCAAACGAAACAGAUUACUGCUACCCGUCUGCAAAUCCUGAAAAGAUGUUAUUCAUAGGCCUGCAACUGGCUGUGAUCCUGAUCGGCAUGCCGUCCAAUGUCUUCUUCUUGUUUGUGUCGUAUCGGCUCAUCCGUCAGAAGAAUGAGCUUGGUGUCUAUCUGUUUAACCUGGCUCUGUCGGACCUCUUGUUUAUUACGUGCUUACCAGUGUGGGUUCAAUUCUGUCUGUACGAUGAGUGGCGUCACGGCAAGAUGAUGUGUUUUGUAUGUGUUUUCCUGCUCUUUACAAACUUCUACACCAGCGCAAUGCUUCUGAGCUGCAUUGCGGUGAAUCGCUAUUUAGCCAUCGUCUACCCGCUCAAAUUUUGCACUUUUAGAAAGCGCAAGACUGCGGUCAGCAUGAGCAUUGCUGCAUGGAUUUUUACUCUUGUAUUCAAUGCAGUGACCGUGCAUCCAGACAUUAUCUAUGACGAGGAGGACUUAAUCUGCUUGGAUUUAUUUCCUUUGCCUGAAAAGCAAAAAAUGUUCAAUAUUGCUCGUUUUGUUGUAGGCUUCCUCAUUCCCGCAUUGGUUGUGGGUUUCUGUUAUUGCCGGAUAUGUUCAGAUGUGAAGAGAAACCAAACGCUUCGGUCAAUGGAGCGCCAGCAUGUCUUCCGGCUUCUUGGAUGCAUUUUGUUGACCCUUUAUUUGUGUUUUGGACCUUUGCACAUCAUGAUGGUUAUGAGGGUUUUGCUGGAGGUUUGUCCAUAUCCCAACUGGCUCUUCAUUGGAUAUAAGGUCUGCGCCUUACUCUCGAUGUUCAACUGCCUGGCUGAUCCACUUCUGUACUGCUUUAUGAGCAGAACGGGUCAAGCCAGUGCUUUAAAUGUGUUACACAUCCUCAGGAGAACAUGGAAGAAAGAGUGUCAAAAAGAGAUGGAAAAUCUAAGACAAAGCAACCAAAUUCUUGGAAUUGCAACCGUUCCAAUCACAGAAGCAACCUUUAGGACUGAAUUCAGCACUGAUAACUUGUGAUCAGAUCAUGCUGAUGUUUAUAAACUUAAACUAAGAAAUGAAAUGAAGCCUUAAAACUUUACAAGCUGUCCAUUCAAACACAAACUGUCGGACUAAGCUCAUUUCUGUCAUGGCAACUCUCAGAAGGAUUGGCGUGGUAAUGUACAAUACUAGUGUAUUUG